AAUUAAUCAAGAAGUACACUUCCUUCCUUCCCUCGAUUGGCUAUUCGUUAGCCUCCGUAGCCAAAUCUGCAACCUAUACCAUAUUACAAUAAUACCACACCCAUCUCUUCUUUCUUUUGCUUCUGAUUCAGAUAAACUUCAUCAGUAGCUCCUCUUUCAAGACAUGUGUUUUCUCUAACUUGUUUUUCGGAUUUUAACGAGAGAAAGUUUCAAAAUCUUCACCUUCUGAUGUCACAUUUGGUGAUUCUCGAGAGGAUCAUUUCCUCGAAAGUGUUGAGCUUUUGAAGAAGCAGGAGUUACGAAAAGUACGAAGACUUUAUCUAUAUCCUGUCAGCUACUUGAACGCUCCAAGUUUUAUGGCGGAUCAAGGAAUCAUGAACAGGCAUAGGCUUGUUGUGUCAACUGCACAAGCUUGCUCCUCUUCUCUAUCUCCCCCGGUCCAUGACUUUCUAAAUUUCCAACCAGAAAACCGAAAGUCUCCAUUCAUAAGAUCACAUUCACCAGACUCACCUGGUCAGCUAUGGCCAAAGGGCACAUUCUCACGGUCUUCCACCUUCUGCACAAAUCUUUACGUGUCUUCCUCUUCUAGCUCUGAUGCUCAGAAACAUCUAGGGAACACUCUUCCUUUCCUCCCUGAUCCCUCAACUAAUAGCCAGCCUGCUUCUGCUGUGGAGUUUGCAAGAUCUCCAUCUAUCUUCAGUGAGGAUUUGAGCAAUCCAUUUGAUGGAGAAAACUCCGGGUCGCUUGUCAAAGACUUUUUUAAUCUCUCUGGAGAUGCUUGUUCUGAUGGAAGAGGCUUUCAUGAUCUUGACUGUUCUAAUGACAGCUAUUGCUUGUCGGAUCAAAUGGAGUUGCAGUUCUUGUCUGAUGAACUUGAGCUGGCUAUUACAGACCGGUCUGAAACUCCCAGGCUUGAUGAGAUCUAUGAAACGCCAUUGGCUUCAUCAACUCCAGUAACCGGACUGAGUCAAAGCCAAAGAAGCCUCUCUGGAGCUGUGACCAUUGAGACAGUUACAUCUCACCCUUCUCCAGGAUCAGCAGCAGCAACAGGCAAUCACAAGCCAAGAAUGAGAUGGACCCCUGAGCUCCACGAGAGUUUUCUAAAGUCAGUGGACAAGCUUGAAGGGCCUGAAAAGGCUACCCCCAAGGCUGUUCUGAAGCUCAUGAAUGUUGAAGGUUUGACCAUCUAUCAUGUAAAAAGCCACUUACAGAAGUAUAGACUAGCCAAGCAUAUUCCAGAGAAAAAAGAAGAGAAAAAGAAUGAUAACUCAGAAGAAAAAAGACUGGCUGUGAGAAAUAGUGAAGCUGAUGAGAGGAAGAAAGGUGCAAUACAGUUAACUGAAGCUCUGCGUAUGCAGAUGGAAGUUCAAAAACAAUUGCAUGAACAACUUAAGGUGCAAAGGGUGCUUCAGCUACGAAUAGAAGAGCAUGCUAAGUACUUGGAAAAGAUGUUGGAAGAGCAACGCCAAACCGGAAUGCUAAUGUCUUCUUCUUCUCCUCAGACACUAUUGUCAGAUUGUCAAAACAUGUCCAAAACCGAAGUAUCUUCACUGCCUCAGCCAAAGAACAUAGCUUCUGAAACCGAAGAAGCUACAUGUGAAUCCCCUCAGAAACGUCGCAGGCUAGAGAACAACACUGAAUCUAUAGAUCCUGAGAGAUAGCAGGUGGUGGUCACCACUCAAAGUAGAUGUUUGUAAUGUAAUGUAAUGUAGAUCUUUGUCCGGACACGUGUAAACUUUAUUAAGUGUUCCUUUCCAUUUGCUUUGCUAAAUUCAAGUUGUUUAAUUUACUCGUUAAUGACAAACAUUAUACACUUGAGUACUGAUUAUUUUAGGUUAAUGAGAAAGACAGAGAGGUUACUAUAAAUAGA